AAAGCGCGGAUCGUUAGUGUUGGCAGCGAAGUGAGCGUCGUGCGAUUAGUUAAUCAGUAUAACUAACUUAAACCAAAAGGUGAAAGUACAAACGCAAACGGAUCGCACGCGCGCGUUGUUUGUCGCAAAAAUGUCAGCAAAAGUAGCAGCCAAAUCGAACAAGGAGCCAUCGUCGCUCGCAAAAAUCUACCUGUUUGCUUACAAUGCAAUACAGGUUGGUGGGUGGAGCUACAUUCUCUAUCAGCUACUCAACUAUUAUGUGCUGCAAGGCCCCCAGUUCCGAGCGCAGGUGACGCUUUGGGAUUACACGCGCGUAGCUGUUAUUAUCUUCCAGAAUGCGGCGUUUGUGGAGAUACUUAAUGCCGCUUUCGGGCUCGUCAAAUCAAAUCCGGUGGUCACGACCUUUCAGGUGUUUAGUCGCAUGAUGGUUGUGGUUGGCGUUGUGAUGGCUACACCAACUGGCAAGGUAUCGCCCGGCCUGCCCAUUGCGCUCUUCGCCUGGGCUGUUACAGAGAUUAUUCGUUAUGGAUACUAUGCUCUAAAUAUUAUUAAAGUAGUACCCCACUUGGUUGUGUUCCUGCGCUACACCACAUUCAUUGCUCUCUACCCCAUUGGCGUGACCGGCGAGCUGCUAUGCUUCUGGUGGGCCCAGAACUAUGCCAAGGAGCACAGUGUUUGGUCGGUGGUGAUGCCCAACAAAUGGAAUGCCACCUUUUCCUAUUUCGCGCUCCUGUGGAUCGUCAUGCUGGGCUACAUUCCCAUCUUUCCGCAGCUGUAUUUGCACAUGUUUGCCCAACGCCGCAAGAUCUUGGGAGGAGGUGGAAGCGGGGCACCAAAAAAGAAAGCGCACUGAUCACCAAUUGGUGAACUUCGACCAGUGAACAGCAAAGCUGACGGGUUGCGACAUGGUUUUCAUAAUCAAGCUGCUCAUUAUGUAAAUUACAUUUGUUUGUGUGCGCCCUUUGUACCCCCGUUCGCCAUUCGUGGCUCGCUGUAUCUAUUUUCUUUUGCCUUUUACUCACACAUUCGACUUGACACCAAGCGUUAAUUUGUAAGCGGUUUUUGUGUACAAAAUAAAAUAAAAUACAUACAUAUGUAAA